UGACCAUUUGAAAAACAAGUACCUCCUUUCUGAGUAAACUUAGUGGGGACGACAAGUAUAAAUACCCUACUCCAAAAGCUUACUUCUCAUUACAUAAUUCAUUUCGUGAAGAAUUUUUAUUUUAAUAAGUAAUUUGCUGACAGUUGGAAAACUAAUUCACUGAAUCAUGGAGCUUAAGCUUUUGUUAAUUCUUUUGGUGGCGAUUUAUGCUGUGCCUUUAGCUCAAGGAUGUUUUGGUGGUGGCAAAAAAGAUAAGGAUGAUACGAGUGCUGGAAAGGCUGAGGAGGUUGACGGACCAGUCGAUGAUGGACCCGUUGAUGACGGCCCAGUUGAUGACGGCCCAAGUGAUGACGCACCAGUUGAUGACGGCCCAAGUGAUGACGCACCAGUUGAUGAUGGCCCAGGUGAUGACGCACCAGUUGAUGAUGGCCCAGGUGAUGACGCACCAGUUGAUGAUGGCCCAGGUAAUGAAGGCCCAGGUAAUGACGGACCAGGAAAUGAUGAACCAGGAGAUGGCGGUCCAGGAGAUGAUGGACCAGGAAAUGGCGGCCCAGAAGAUGACGGACCACAGUGAGAGACAAAUUUAUUCGCCAGGAAUAAAAACCCGUAUUAGAAUUUUUUCCAAAACACCACGAUAUAUUAAUAAAUUUUAAUUACAUAUAAGUAUAAAUUUUAUUUUAUAAUAGUAAAUUCGAUUGCACAGUAAAAAAUAUUGUGUAUCUGUGUUAAAAACGGUCCGUGUUAUAAUUUUUGUGUUGAUUUUUUUGUGUCAAAUCAACACAAUUCUUUGUGUUACUUUAAAAUUUUUAAUCGAUUUACUCUUCAACACUUUAAAAGUGUUACUUAGUAUAAAAAUCGAUAUUAUCAACAUUUAUUAAGUGUUACUUUAACAUCAACACAAAAAAAGUGUUGAAAUUUUAACACAAAUUUUGUGUUGAAAUUAAACACCAAUAGUCUGUGUUGAAAAAUAACACAAAAAUUGUGUGGACCGUUUCUAACACACAGAUUGUGUUGAUUUCAACACAAUAUUUUUUACUGUGUGCAGAGAGAUUAAUGAGUUUAUUCAAAACCACACAAAUUUUGACUUUUGAUUUGAGUAAUUUUUCAUUCAAAUAAUACGAGAUAUUUUUCAGACAAUUUGUUAACAUGAAUAUUUAUAUUUUGUUAUAUUACAAAAUUGAUUAUUAAUUUGCUUAAAUACAAAAUUUUGAACCUG